AUAAGAAAGUGCAUCAACAGUAGGCUACUAACUGCUGCAGCAGGGGGCAGUGUGUGCUGUUCGGGCUCGAUCGUGAUCCUUUAGUGAUCAAGAAGAAGAAAACGUCAACAGCGCUCAUGUGUGACCUCCUUCAGCCUGAUCGGAUAGUUUAUAAACUGCUGUCUGUGUAAAGUGAGUGAGACCUAAGUGCUUUUCGAUGACAUCACUGAAGAGGAUUCAUUCAUGGCUACCUCUCCUGCAGAGACACUGCACAAACAGCUACCAGAGAGCAGCCUGCAAACUGCUUCACACACCUCACCCUGCAGCUGCACCCAACACCAGGACACACAGAGCUGUGUUUCCCUCUCAGUGUAGAGCGUUUACACUCUCUGCAUGCAGCUACAAGAAGACCGAUUACAUCAGCAGAAGCGGUCAGCAUCACGGAGAGGAAGAUGAUGAUUUUAUUGAUGAAGAUGAGGUGGAGGAGCUGUUUCAACUGCAGGCUCUUGCAGGCAUCGGAGACGGUCAGCACAGGGUGUUCAUCGUUCACCCUGAUGUGAAGUGGGGGAGCAGGAAACAGCACCUGACCACAGCUGAGCUUAUGAUGGCAGAGGCUGUGGGACUUGUGGACACUUUGGACAACUGGAAAGUGGUAGACAAGAUCAUCCUCUCAACCAAAACACCAGAGAAGAAGUUGAUAUUUGGCAAAGGCAACUUCCGGUAUCUAACAGAGAAAAUCAGGCAAACUGCAGGAAUCACUGCAGUGUUUGUAAAUGUGGAGCGCCUGUCUCCUUUGUCUGAGAGGGAGCUCGAGGAGGCCUGGGGGGUUAAAGUGUUUGACAGAUACUCUGUGGUCCUGCACAUCUUCCGUUGUAACGCCAGGACUAAAGAGGCUAAGUUACAGAUCUCUCUGGCAGAGAUCCCUUUGUUAAAAUCUCGUCUGAAAAAUGAUAUGGCAAACUUGGAUCAGCAGGGUGGAGGGGCGAGAUACAUCGGAGGUUCAGGUGAGACGUUAGUCGAGGUCCAGCAGAGACUGCUGAAGGAGCGGGAGAUGAAGAUUCGCUCAGCGCUGGAAAAGCUACGGAGAAAGCGGGACAUGCUGCGAUCUCAGCGCAAACACAAGGAGUUCCCCGUCGUCUCUGUGUUAGGAUACACAAACUGUGGAAAAACAACCCUGAUCAAAGCACUGACUGGUGACAGUGGUCUUCAACCCAGAAACCAGCUGUUUGCCACGCUGGAUGUCACCGUCCAUGCCGGCCAGUUGCCCAGUCGCAUAACGGUCCUGUACGUGGACACUAUUGGCUUCCUGUCCCAGCUGCCCCACCAGCUCAUUGACUCCUUCUCUGCCACGCUGGAAGACAUCAAACACUCAGAUCUGUUGGUUCACGUCAGAGACAUCAGUCACCCGGAGACGGUGAACCAAAAGGCGAACGUACUGAGUGUGCUGAAGAACCUUCAAAUCCCUGACAGGCUGAUGAGCUCAAUGGUAGAAGUCCACAACAAAAUUGACCUCAUCGACAACUAUGAAUCUGCAGAACCCAACACACUGCCCAUAUCCGCCUUGGAGGAGCGAGGCCUGGAUGAGCUGAGGAAAGCAGUAGAAGAAGAGAUUGUAAACUCCACAGGAAAACACAUUCUAGACCUCAAAGUUGACCUCAGCACUGCUCAGUUAAGUUGGCUGUACAAGGAAGCCACCGUUCAGGACGUGCAGGUGGAUGCAGAUGAAGGCUCGGCUGUGGUCAACGUCAUCAUCAGCACCGCAGCUUAUGGACGCUACAAGAAACUGUUCACAGGCAGAUAGCUGAGAGGUGAAGCUGUCUGCUGCAUGACAGCAGCUCCAAACAAAUGACUGCUGCAAACUGUGCUUUAAAAAAGACUGUAUUU